AUGGCACCUCGUCUUCGAGUAUCAGCUGGUCCAUCUGUGGAUAAAUUGUCAUUGGUUCGGGUAAACGAUGAAGAUCACCCGUUAACCAUUAAAACGGACGAUUUCGAGGGUCGAGUAAUUGUGCGAAUUCAAGGUUUUACUGGCAUUCUACCUGGAACGAAUGAAGAACAUGAAGCAGCAUCAGAAGUAGGAACGCAUUAUUUUGAUCAUUCGUAUGCUAAAGGAUGCACUUGGUCCAUUCAAGUUCAAGGUAGAUUCAAAGAAAAGAUUUCUGUUGACGACCUGAUGUAUGGAAAUCAAUUCGAUAAACCGAUUCGUGAUCGACUUCCUUGGGGCACUUCAGUUGCUUUGCGUGCGAUCGGCAUCAUUGAUCCAAAUUUACAACAUGAUUUGUACGCAGAUCAGCCUUGGGCGUUUGGACCCCUACUUACCAGCAUGACAAGAGUCAACGUUCAACGAAAAGAAGAAGAACCGGCUGAAGAUUUCAAGGAUUGGCCUCCAUUCCCCGCCGGUCGUUCAGAAGAGGAUUACGUUCAGGAAGAUACGUCUGCACUUUUAUGCAAGAACGAAAAGGGAGAAUUACUAGAUGAAGUUGAAAAGAACGGAUUUGCGGACUCGCAUACUUUAUCGCAACUCAAGGAUGCCACUUCUGGUCACACCCAUCGUGCUCGCCUUUGGGGUAAUCAAUCCGUUCGUCAAGCAGGUCAGAUUACACCGAAUGAUAUCGUCACAUUAGCAUUCGAUAAUGGAUUCAUUGAUUUCAAUACUUUACGAGUCGUCCUACCUUAUACAGGCGGAAUGGGAUUCGAUUUGCAAAAGUACUGGGAUGGACAGCCGGUCCGAUAUUACUGCAAGAACGGUCAAACAGGAAAGGUAUUCUACAUCAUAGAGCUUCAAAUUGUAGAGAAAGACGAAUAG